AAAAGAAAAUGGCGACCAAGGUUGUGGCAUUAUAGCUGUGGAUUUAUGAUCGUUUUAUUUUAAUUCUGACCGUUUAUUUGUUGAAAAAGAAAAGAGGGUAACAUUGAUAUUCCUUCAAAAUGGUUCUCGCGGACUUAGGACGUAAAAUCACAACAGCACUUCGCUCUUUGAGCAAUGCUACUGUUAUCAAUGAAGAGGUAUGAAGAGAGUUAUUGCCUUUUGCUUUUCUACAAUUAAACUUAUCUUACAGCUUAUUUUAUCUGCUGAAAUCCGGAUGUAAUUAACUUGCAACUUAUUCGCACGGUCCAUUGCUAAAUUCAGGGAAAACUAUUGAGAUGAAUGUAAAUGACCAAGAGAUUAAUGGUUGGUCGACUCAGUGUUUGUGAAGUAAAAUAAGUAUAUUGAUUUCCCUUUUUGAAAUUACCCUUGGGAUGUCAAAGUUUGCUCACAUUAGUCUCAUCUGUGAUUUUGUUUUGAAUUUUUUUUGUUUAAUCCUUGCCUUUUUGAAAACUUUUUGUUGAAACCUUGUCGUUUUGUGCAGGAAAAGAACUCUAAAAAAACUUGUACGCGUCCAAAGUGCUGAUCUUUCAAGGCUCUUGAGGUGUUGAGUCAGGAGUGAUUAGAAAGUUUCAAGAAAGUUCGUGGAUUCGUUAUGUAGAGGACUAGAUGACAUCAGGGUGAAUUAAAAAUGAAGACUAAAUUGUCGAAAAGAUAACUAGUGCAGAUCCAGAGUUAGUUAUCAGGACAACAUAUUUGUUAUAUUUGCAGUAAAUCCAGUAUUACACUUGGUUUAUAAAGAGAAAACUUGUUCUAUGUAGAAGGGUCACUCCCCUACCCGAGCUACCCUGGACGAGUUGCCUUUCCCUACAUUUCCUUACAAAACUUGGUGAACCUUUUACAUUAGAAACAAAAAAUCUGGUCAGGCUAGAACAGGUGACCUACCUAGCUGGUUUUCCCUUUUUUGAUUGUAGAGUCACCCUCUUAGCCGCACCCACUUUUUGUGACAAAAACUCUUUAGCUCACCCAGCUGGAUCAACUCAGUCAAAGAGAGACAAUCAAUGUGUGCACAAGCACUUUUUUAAGCUCUUGGCUCGGGCAAAGAUCACACUUUUUUCUCAUAUAAACACUCACAAAGGUUGAUUCAGCUGAGAGGGUGACCCUCUUUACCGGGGCAACUUUUCUCAAUACAAACAGUGCCUUAGAGCUAACCAGGCUUCCGACAACUUUGCCUUGGCUGUUAAACCUUUUAAUUUUGUAGGUCCCAAGUGUGAUCAACUACAAUUUUUUCUUAACAACAUAAAUACAUCAUCAAUUGAAGUUUAUCUGAACUUGACUAAAGACAUUAAACUUCCUAUAUUAGUACGAGAUGUCAAGUACAUCAGACAGUUGUUUUAAAGUUCCUCUUGUACUCAUACAGCCAAUUACAGUACUGUUAUAAAAAAAAGCCACUCAGUGUACUGGUUGUGUACUGCUAACACAGGAUAACCUCGUACUGUUUGGAAACCAAGGCCUGCAGUCAUGGCAACGUUAUAUUAAUUUUUUAAUGACAGGUCCUUGGUGCUAUGCUUAAGGAAGUAUGUGCUGCAUUGCUGGAGGCUGACGUUAACGUGCAGCUUGUUAAAAGACUCAGGGAAAAUGUCAGGUAAAAAAAUAAAAUAGAAAAUAAAAACUCCAUAGGCAACCCACAUUGUAGCUAUAUUUUUGGCUAGAUUUUGGUAUUUCAACCAGGGUUGGCAUGCACCUGGACAGUCCUCGAAUUUUAGAAUAAAAAUUCAAGGCUUUGAAAGUCCUUGAAAAUUGAAGUCAGUGCUGGAAAGUCCUUGAAUUUUGGUGCUAUAACUUUAUCCAACCCAGAUUCUCAAGUGCCUGAAAGAAGUAAACAUGGAAAGACCUUCAGGAUAAAAUUGCUCGUGUGAGGAAGAACUGGAAAAGACAUAGAUUCAGGGCUCUUUUUUGCACUGAAUGGAAUCCUUGAAAAAUGGGAAAUGCGUGCCUUAAAGUCCUUGAAAAGUCCUUGAAUUUUUUGUUCAAAAAAGGGUACAAACCCUGUUCAAUUUUAUUUUCAAAGAUUACAUCAAGCAAGUCUCUUUGUAAAGAGAUUCAAAAAAGUCUGUUAGUGUUGAACUUCAAAAUUGUCAUCUUUGUAAAGAAAUGUACACAAAAUCAAAAUGUAAUUUUUGGAUUUUGUAUUUUUGUUUAAAUCAGAUCUGCCAUUGAUUUUGAUGACAUGGCUGCAGGAUUAAACAAGAGAAGAAUGAUUCAACAUGCUGUGUUCCAGGAGCUUUGCAAGGUCAGUGUGGUGAAGAUUCUUGGUUAGCUAUCAAACACCAUUUUAUAAUGGAAUUAGACAGCCACAGGGAUAAGAACGGCUAGCCUGGUAUGCUGGUGUGUAUAUUCUGACUGUCUCUUCUUUUAGCAGAGAGAAAAAACAGCUAACAUAUGUCAGUGCUUGCCUAUGCAGGCUGGUAUCAGAAAGGGUAUAAAGCAAGACUUUUGAUCAGUAACCAAAACGUGUCUCUCAUACUGUGUAAAUUCUUUGACAGCAGUUUCAAAUUUCUUACGUGAAAGGUUUUAUAGAGAACAUGAACCAAUGGUCGUAAAUUUUUACCAAGUGAUUCUCUGUCUUAACUCCUUGCCAUUUUCAUGCUCAUUUAAGCUCUUUUCUCCUGACUUGUUUAAAUUUGGAGUGAUGUACAUGAAAACACUUGUGGCAUUUUCUUAUGCAAGCCACUUUUAUUUGUAAUAUCAACUUGUUUAACAGCACUUCAUUAUUAAUUUUUUUCCAUAUACACAGCUUGUUGAUCCUGGUGUGAAAGCUUGGAAUCCCACUAAAGGAAAACAGAAUGUUAUCAUGUUUGUUGGUCUGCAGGGAAGUGGAAAGACAACAACUUGUAGUAAGGUACAGUCAUAACUUCUGAUUUGUCUUUAUAACAUCCGACAAAAUGUAUAUUUUCAAGAAGGGAGGAUAUUAUGAACUACACUGUAUGGCUUUGUUGAGUCAGCCAGAAGACAAAUGACAUUUAGCAACAUUAAAGGACUUCAGUAACUGGCAGUGUCAUAUAUCUUGUGCGAUAAAAAAGCAGAAGGCAGUUUGGAAUGAGGCUAAAGCAGUUCAUAUAACUUGAGGCUUUGUUUUAAAGCUAUCACAUCCCUUCAAAUUUUCCACUUCAGCAGUUAGGUAUCAAAGCCCUGCAUAACUUAAACCUUGGUAAUAGAUAACAUCAAUGAAUGGCCCAGAAGCCAAAAUAGCCAUUGAAUUUGACUUAUUUAUCCUCUUUAAAAGACAUACAGAAUGUAUCUCUUUUGUUACAUUUCAAGAUAAUACAGCCAACUGAAAAAUGCUGUAAGCCAUCUUUAUGUACUAUUGAAAAAUGUAACUUUUAUAGUCACUUAUGUUUUUUCUCAACUUUUUUUUGCAUUCCAUUCACUUUAAAAUAGUUUGUACUAAUUUUUGCUUGACAAUAUUUUUGUGCAAACAUGACAUUAUUAAUUUGUUUGUAAUUAUUGCAGUUAGCAUACUUUUAUCAGAGGAAAGGUUGGAAGACUUGUCUAAUUUGUGCAGACACGUUCAGAGCAGGUCAGUAAAAACCCAGAACUACACAUGUUAAGAUGCUCAUCCUUCAUUAUUCAUAACUGUGGUGCCAGACCCAUCCAGUCUCAUCAGUCCAGUUUCAUCAUUAUUAAUCAGUACUGUACUUCCAGAUCAGUUUCCUAAAUAGUAUGCACUACAGUGAUAGGAUUUUAUCAAAAGCUCUUGAGAAAAGACCAUUUCAUUUUCAAGACGACACUGGUCCACCAGGCUAUUUCUUACUUUUGCUGUACACCCAAACACUUUGAAGUUUGAGAUAUUGAUUUCAGGAAUAAUAUGUACAAUGCAAUCUGUAUUAAGCAGACACUACAAACUACAUUUGAUUCUGUUUCAUUUUCAGGUGCAUUUGAUCAGCUCAAACAGAAUGCCACUAAAGCUAGAAUACCAUUUUAUGGAAGGUAACAGCAUAACCAUGUUUCCUUCUUUUUUUAUUUAUUUAUUCUUGCAAGUCUAUGGGUGAUCCACUAAGGCAUAGGCGCACUGUGGGCUAGUGAAGUUCAAACAGCUGAUCAUCCCAGUUUCUUAAGAUUGAAGCACAAAAUAAUAUUAUUACUACACACUCUGGAUGGGACGCUAGUUCACUUCAAGGUUCCCUCCAUUAGUAUAUCACUAGUACCCAUUUAUACUCCUGGGCCCAGUUGUUCAAAGACCGAUUAGCAUUUAACCUGGGGUUAAAGUUAACCCGGGUGUCUUUUUCUUGUGCUGGAAAAAAAAGCAUUUUCUCGGAUGAUUUCCUCUGUUAUUUUUAGAGCUUCCAAUCAUCAACUUGUAGACAAAAGGAAUUAAAACUGAAAUGCUUUUUAAGCUUUCAAAUUUGAAUUCAAAUCUCGCACUAACCCUGGGUUAUCUUAACCAAGCUUUGAACAACUCGGCCCUGGAUGAAGAGAGACAAAGUGGAGCAAAGUUUCUUGUCCAACCUGUCAACUGCUCAGUCACUGCACCCAUGAAAAUAUAUUAAUAGUAUUUUUUAUUUAGUCAUAUAACUACUGUACUUUACAACUUUGUCUGAACUUGAAUCCAAUAUUGUUUUCAGUUACACUGAAAUGGACCCUGUUGUCAUAGCUCAAGAAGGUGUAGAUAAAUUUAAACAAGAAAACUUUGAGAUAAUCAUUGUAGAUACCAGGUAUGUUUGUAGUGUGUUCUUCUUCCUUGCUAUUUUCUCGUAGUUUAUAAACUCUCAAAUAAUUUGAUUAGCUUUUAGUUGUUAGAAAUUUGAGAGGUUUUUGUUCAAGUUUAUUCUUUAGUGAGGUAAUUUAGUUACCUUCUAAUAAAACAUGUAACUGUUCACAGUGGACGACAUAAGCAAGAAGAGUCACUUUUUGAAGAAAUGCUUCAAGUCUCUAAUGCAGUUGUAAGUACAAAAUCAGUAUUGACUUGCCCAACAUUUGUCAGCUGGGAGUCUUAACAGGGAAACUUUGGACAUUCUUACGACUUUUUGUCAUGUAAUAAACUCAUCAAUAAAGCAUGAGCUUGAGAUGGAGGGGGGUGUUGUAGGGAGGGUUGAGUUGUCAAACAAGCAUCAUUGAAUGUUUCCAUGGCUACCCUGUGGUAGUCCACCACCUAGGCACAUGUUACAUUGACAGAGAUAGACAUGCUUCCCAGAAAAAAUCCCUUGCCUUUAUGGGAGGUCUGGGAUGAUUUGUGAUGGGCGAGAUUAGUGCUGAUAGUCAGUUACUUGCAAUUGAGGCACCCUACACCUCUAUGCAGGCAGUAACUGCUAACCUACAACUGUCUUGAGUUUAACUUCACAUCAAUUGUAUGUAGCCACAACAGCUUGUUCAUUUUGUUUCACUAUCUUUCAGAAUCCAGACAAUGUGAUAUUUGUCAUGGAUGCAACAAUAGGUCAGGCAUGUGAGUCACAGGUAAAUUUUAUGCUUCUAACAGUUUUGAUUUAGUCUUAUGUGUUAUAAACAUGUCUUACUUUUCCAUUCACAUGAUGAAGGGUACUUCUUGGUUCAAAUCCUUUCGACUCAUUUUAAUAAUAUUCUGGUAUUAAAAAUUGUCAGUAACAUUAUUUUUUGUCUCUGAUUUUGUGCGUUGACUUCAUUUAUUUCAUUUUGUAACUAAAAAUUUCUUUUUAGGCCAAGGCCUUCAAAGAUAAAGUGGAUGUAGCAUCAGUCAUUGUUACUAAAUUAGAUGGACAUGCGAAGGGUGGAGGUGCAUUGAGUGCGUAAGUAUACCCCCCACGCCACAACUUAAAGUUGUACUAACAAAGUUGCAACAUUGUAGCUACCUCAUCAGUACCAUUUUAUCAUCAUCCCAUCAUCAGGAUCAUCAUCAUCGUCAUUAAUAUCAUCAUCAUUAUCAUCAUUAUCAACAUCAUCAUCAUCAUCAUCGCAUCAUCAUCAUCAUCAUCAUCAUCAUCAUCAUCGCGUCAUGAUCAUCAUCAUCAUCAUCAAUAUCAAUAUAACAUGAGUUGAGUAUACAUUCACUACAACAUCAAGUCCCUUUUACCAAGCUCUUUAUGAAUAUUUGCGGCUUCUGUUUCUCUUAGUUGUGCAUCAUUCAUUGAAAGUAGUCAUUGUUUAAUUAGUGUAUAAACAUUGCUUUUUUUUGCCCAACACACUUCAUGUGGUUUUCUUGCAGAGUUGCAGCCACCAAAAGUCCUAUUAUCUUUAUUGGUACUGGAGAGCACAUUGAUGACUUUGAACCUUUUAAAACCAGGCCUUUUAUUAGUAAAUUAUUGGGUAAGUUAUGCUAAAAUAGAGAUAUCUUCAGUGUAUGUGCUCAGGGUUACACCUCCUUUUCACUAGUUAAUAAACACUUUCUUAAUAUUUCAUAAUAUGUCUGCUCUGUAAUUUUACAUUAGGAAUGGGAGACAUUGAAGGCUUGAUUGACAAAGUUAAUGAACUGAAGCUUGAGGACAAUGAAGAACUUAUUGACAAACUUAAACAUGGUUAGCAAAUUUUAAGUUAUAUGAUUUCAAGCAACAAAGUAUUUCCUGAUUUUAUCACUCACUUAUUUUUCUCAUCAUCAAAUGGAUGAUAAUAAUAUUAUGUUAAUAAUGUUAUUUAUUUUAGGUGUCUUUAGUUUACGAGACAUGUAUGAACAGUUCCAGAACAUCAUGAAGAUGGGACCAUUUGGCCAGAUCAUGGUAAGGACUGGUUUCUUUGCCAUAUCUUUUAAGACUUUGUCAAUAAACUCUUCCAACUGGUGGAUGGUUUUGCAUCGCAGUUCUAUGCCUUAUACCAAAUGGAAAACACAAGAAAGAAAUGGGCAAAAUAUUCAUGGCAUGGAAGCACUUAAAUCUAGGUGUAAGAGAACCACUUUUCUCCUGGGGGGAGACAAGAUCGAGUGGUACCAGAGGAAGCCAACCUCGGGGGGGGGGGGGCCGAGUCCCAUUUCCCCUAGUCACAUUGAACUAAGGGGAACCAGGAAAAAGGAGGUUUUUUUUUUUUUCCUUUUUGAGGGUAAUAAUUCCGGCUUUUGGCGUUGCCUUUUUGUCAAAAGAAAAUGGCAAAAGCACAAUGGGGAGUUAAAGAAAAGCCUGGAUUAAUAGAGACAAGCAAAAACAAAAAAGAGAAGAAAAAAACAACAAAGAAAUAUGUAAAAAAAUCGAGGGCGCGGAUAGUGGAGAAGUGGGAGGAGGAGCACGCCUGUGUCGGGGGGGGGGGGAGGAGGGGGGGGUGCCGAGAAUCCGUGGGACGGGGGGGGGGGGGGGGGUCGAGUCCCAUAUCCCCUAGUCACUAUGAACUAAGGGGAACCAGGAAAAAUGAUGUUCUUUUUUUUUUCCUAUUUGUAGGGUAUGAUUCCAGGCUUUAGCAGUGACUUUUUGUCCAAAGGAAAUGAGCAAGAGUCUAUGGCGAGAUUAAAGAAACUCAUGACAAUUAUGGACAGCAUGAAUGAUGAAGGUAUGAUUGACCUUACAUGAGGCUUGGCUUAUUUUUUAUAAGUUAUUAUUUUUAAAAUGAGUAAAUUUAAUUUCAAGUAUAUAUCACUUAUCACUAGGUAAGCAUUUCCCCAGAAUCUUCUAUCGCAACUCCUUCUAUCCACCAUGCUUACAAACUGAAUUUACAAAAUUUGAAUACUCUUUACAGAGCUUGACAGUCCAAAUGGCGCCAAACUGUUUUCCCGCCAACCAGGAAGAUGCACGCGUGUUGCACGUGGGUGUGGCGUGUCAGUACGUGAGGUGCAGGAACUUUUGUCUCAGUACACAAAAUUCGCCGCGAUGGUUAAAAAGAUGGGAGGAAUAAAGGGCUUAUUUAAAGGUAGGGCGCUUGAUUUUCUUUUUGUUCACAGUUCAGGGGAUGGAGACAUCUAACAUUUUAGGCUUUGUGGUAGAUAGCCCCUUAAACUUCUUUUUACACCUCCUUGUUAGCAGCCAAAAAGCAUUUUUGGUCAUUUUAUGUAUCUUUCUACAGUGAGGGUAGAAAGGUAAUCAGUUAUAGUGUAAAGGAUUAGAUAUCAGUAACUUUUCAAAAAUGUAAUACAACAGCAUUUAUCUUUGUUAGGUUAGUGCUAGGCUUUGACAUCAUUUUACUUAAUACAGAAGGAUUUGAAAAAUUAAAGCCUAUUUACUAAUCUCCAAUUUCUUCUUUUCUUUCUCUUUCAGGUGGCGACAUGAGUAAAAAUGUAAAUCCAUCACAGAUGGCCAAACUUAAUCAACAGAUGGCUAAAAUGAUGGAUCCCAGAGUUCUUCAACAAAUGGGUCAGUAAACUUUGCUUAUUUUUUCGUGGUCAACCAGUGUUAUGGUAUUGGAAUUUAAGGACACCUGGCUAUUAGUUUGUUUUCUUGUCAGUGAGCUUUAUUAAAUGUUCUUUUUUGCCUAAUCUUGUUAGUGAGUGCUGCUAGAGGCUGAGAGUAACUUGCUGAAUAAAUUCGUUUAAUCAGAAACUAGCUCUUCACGCCCUCUCAGUCAGCUAAUUUUACUGAAAAUAGAGAAAGAUAAUUACAGUUACACUAUGGUCCGUUCACACAUUAAACGAUAAGAGAGUUUGUCCAUGAUAUAUAUUGAAAGUCAGAAACUGUUUAUGCCCUUAGUGGAAGAUUCACCAGAGAGUGUGCAGGCCUAGUGACCAAAAGAUGUUUGUAACAAAGUUAUAACCCCAUGCGUCACCAUUGUUUUAUUUUCAGGUGGAACUCAGGGCCUUCAGUCCAUGAUGCGACAGUUUCAACAAGGAGCGGCUGCUCACUCCACAGGGAGCAGAAAAUAACCAACAAUAAAAACUUCUGUAAUAAAUAAGACCACAACAAGAAGAGUAACGAAAAAUAAAAAGGACAGUUUAAGAAGCAAAAUUUUCAGAAGUAGGUCACAACUUGAGGGUGGUUUGUUUUGAAUG